AUGAAAUUCUUAGUUGUCUUAUUCGCAGCAGUUGCAUGCGCUUCCGCUGGAGGCGCUGGCUGGCAACAAGGCGGCGGCGGCGGAGGUCAAUCCUUCCAAGUUAAAGUUCAAGCUGGCGGCAAUGGCGGAGGUCAUUCUGCUCCUGCUCCUCCUCCUCCUCCCCCACAAAUCGUUCGUGUCAUCCAAGAAACUAUUCCCGCUCCAGCUCCAGCUCCAUCUCACGGCGGAAAUGGCGGAGGUCAAGUUUUCCAAGUUAAGGUUCAAGGCGGCGGAAGCGGCGGACAUUCUGCUCCUGCUCCUCCUCCUCCUCCCCCACAAGUUAUCAAAGUCAUUCAAGAACAAGCUCCUGCUCCAGCGCCAUCUCACGGAGGAAACGGAGGCGGUCAAGCUUUCCAAGUUAAAGUAACUGGAGGCGGAGAUGCCGGCGGUUGGGCUCCCCCAUCUGGAGGAUGGUAA